UACAGGGUCCGAGGCUACCGCAGACCGACUCCUCUUGGCUACGGGAUGGCGUCCCCACGGGAAUUGACCCAGAACCCCCUGAAGAAGAUCUGGAUGCCCUACAGCAACGGACGGCCCGCUCUGCACGCCUGCCAGCGUGGUGUUUGCAUGACCAACUGCCCAACACUCAUUGUCAUGGUGGGCCUGCCUGCCAGGGGCAAGACCUAUAUUUCUAAGAAGCUGACCCGAUACCUGAACUGGAUUGGGGUACCUACUCGAGAAUUCAAUGUUGGCCAGUACCGUCGGGACAUGGUCAAGACCUACAAAUCUUUUGAGUUUUUCCUCCCAGACAAUGAAGAGGGCCUGAAAAUCAGGAAGCAGUGUGCUCUGGCAGCCCUGUGUGAUGUCCGGAGGUUCCUCAGUGAGGAAGGAGGACAUGUGGCGGUUUUUGAUGCAACCAAUACUACUCGAGAGCGGAGAGCAACGAUCUUUAACUUUGGAGAACAGAAUGGCUAUAAGACCUUCUUUGUUGAGUCCAUCUGUGUGGAUCCUGAGGUCAUAGCUGCCAACAUUGUGCAAGUGAAGCUGGGCAGCCCUGACUAUGUGAAUCGGGACAGUGACGAGGCCACUGAAGAUUUCAUGCGACGGAUUGAGUGCUAUGAGAACUCAUACGAGUCGCUGGAUGAGGACCUGGACAGAAAUCAUUGGCCAGAGGUGACUCGCAGAACACCUGUUACCUCACCGGGAACUGCGAGUCAGGACUGCCUACUGUUCCAGCACAGAAUCAAGCGUGAUUUCUGUGCAGAGGGGCCUCCAAGGGAUCUGUCCUAUAUCAAGAUCAUGGACGUGGGGCAGAGCUACGUGGUGAACCGAGUAGCUGACCACAUCCAAAGCCGAAUUGUGUACUACCUCAUGAACAUCCACGUGACACCCCGAUCUAUCUACCUCUGCCGGCAUGGGGAGAGUGAGCUUAACCUCAAGGGCCGGAUUGGUGGGGACCCAGGACUGUCCCCUCGGGGCCGGGAGUUUGCCAAGCGCCUGGCUCAGUUCAUUAGUGACCAGAACAUCAAGGAUCUGAAGGUGUGGACGAGCCAGAUGAAGAGGACUAUCCAGACGGCGGAGGCGCUGGCGGUGCCCUACGAGCAGUGGAAGGUCCUCAACGAGAUCGACGCGGGUGUCUGUGAGGAAAUGACCUAUGAGGAAAUUCAGGAUCAUUAUCCACUGGAGUUUGCCCUGCGGGACCAGGACAAGUACCGGUAUCGGUACCCCAAGGGAGAGUCCUAUGAGGACUUGGUGCAGCGACUGGAGCCUGUCAUCAUGGAGUUGGAGAGGCAGGAGAAUGUGCUGGUCAUCUGCCACCAGGCUGUGAUGCGCUGCCUCCUGGCCUACUUCCUUGACAAGGCAGCAGAACAGCUGCCCUACCUCAAGUGUCCACUGCACACAGUCCUGAAGCUCACUCCUGUGGCCUACGGUUGUAAAGUGGAGUCCAUAUUCCUGAAUGUGGCAGCCGUGAACACACACCGGAACAGGCCUCAGAAUGUGGACAUCUCUCGGCCUCCAGAGGAAGCCCUUGUCACAGUCCCUGCUCACCAGUGACCACACCUCAUCCACUGUGAUGCCUGGGCGGGUGUAGAUCUCUAUGGAUGAGGUCAUUCCAGCCCUCCCAGCAUGUGUGACAGUGACCUUAUGGGAGCAGUCAAAGCUGUGUAUGGCUGGCAGCACCCAGAACCCCUGGCAAAGCCAUCUGCCUCCUUGAUGAUAGUGACAAGGCUGCCGUGGCUGUUGACUUGCUAUUAAGAAUCACCAGGCCAGACUGCACUGCCCAGGUAGGGCAAGAGUGCUGGCCACUAGCUGCUCUGUUGCAGUUCUCAGAUGGUCGCUGUCAGCAGGCCAAUGGGCUUGUGAAGUGUAUAGUUGUGAAUGUGAAAUGGAAAGUCUCACUGAGAGGUCCCCACUGAGGCCCAGCUGCCUGAGGGAGACCCUGUAGAGCCUCACCUCUUGGGGGCUCCUUGCUGAGCCAGUGGCCAGAUCUUCAUGGGAUCCUGAGCCUCUGCUGCUGUAGGUGACAGGGAGAGUCCUCCCUGUGCUUCCUUGCCAGGAACCAAGGAGUGGCAGCCACUGGCCAGGCCCUGAGUCUGUCACUCACUGUAUGGAGACUCAGGAAAGCAGUGUGCCACUCCAGCAUGUUGUGAGGUGGAGGAAGCACAUGUGGCCGCCCCAUCCUGACUACAUACACUGGACUGGGAACAUCUGGUUCCCAACUGAGAUUCUCACGGUGGCAGCUACAUAUAGUCAGGUGGCCAGGAGCCUCUCUGCUGUGGCUGCCUCUGUCCACACAGGAAUGUACAUUGGUGGCAGAACUGUGCAUUCAGUGAAUGCCACUGAAACCUUGCAGUGGUCCCAUAAAACCUGUGCCGGUGUUUGUGGCCUCUCCCUAGGGACUGAGGAAAGGCUAGAAUCCAGAGGUAGCCCCUGGCAAGGGAGGAUUUCUCUAGCCCUGAUACAGCUUAGGUUAUAUGUGUGUGAGCCAGGUGAAAAUGGCCUUAUGAGACCUGGCAUCUCUUAUGCCCCUGAGUUCUUUUAGGUCCAGGCUGUGGGUUCUGGCUCCAGCUUAUACCUGGCCAGCAGACCAGCCAGCACAUUGUGGGGUGGGACCAGAACAUGCCUAGGCUAGUGGGUCAAGACCCUGCUAUCCACAGGUGGCUUUAGUGGAGUCAGGCCUCUGGCUCAACCUCACUUUGUACCCAGAACCUUUCUAUGCCUGUGCCUGGCAGAGAAACCUGCCUUUUAUAGCCCCCAGGGCUUUUGUAGCCUACAGGUACCACCUGUUCCUAAGGAAAAUCAGGACACCUGGCCCUAACUAUUGCCUUUCAUUCCCAUAUGCUGCCACAGCAUAGACAAACAGGGAGAUGCUUAGGAUAGUGCUGGAGUAGGAUCUUCCUCUUGGAGUCAUCUCCUGUCAGAGCUCUGAACCCCAUGCAGGCCCAAGAAGCACACAUUUGGCUUUGGGACAUGGGGCUGUAGCUUUUGAUUGUGCCUCUUACGGUUUUGAUGACUUCUGUCACCUGGAUGUAUUCACUCAUUAGCCAUACUGGGUACUUUUGGGUCAGUGGCUGUUCCUAGGUGUCUGGGUGUCACCAGGGACAAGUCACACAGGACUCUUUUCUCUGUACCGAGGGAAGGCAGGAGUUAAUGGACACGGAUGCUCUAUGGGGUCUGGAGACAGGGUGGAGGGAAAUCUGGGGGCCAGAUGUACAUAGUCGCAGCCUCUCCCUGUCUCUGCCCUGGAGCAGCCUGUUUGGUAGUGGCUGCCAGGUUUUAGCUGGGAUGGUUGAUGUGCCCAAGGUACAGAGGUCCUGCUUUCCCAGGGGUGAGUGGCACUGGUUCUCAGCUACAAAUUGGACUGUGUCCAGCAUUCUUUGCAAUAAAUACUUUUUAAAAAUC